AUGGCAUCUUCACCGAAGUACAUCAGCAACGAUGUUGCUGCCAUCAAUGAGUUCAUUGACAAAUUUGAUGUUUUCCUCCUCGACUGCGAUGGUGUCUUGUGGUCUGGCGAUCAUGUGUACGAGGGAGUCCCAGAGACCAUCAACUUCUUGAGAUCAAAAGGAAAGAGGGUCGUCUUCGUCACCAAUAACUCCACAAAAUCCCGGGAUGAGUAUCUCAAGAAACUCACUGGUCUUGGUAUCCCAAGCGAGAAGGAUGAUGUCUUUGGUUCCAGCUACUCUGCUGCCAUCUACAUCGCCCGUAUCCUGAAGCUGCCUGAGGGUAAGCGCAAGGUCUUUAUUAUUGGAGAGUCAGGAAUCGAGCAGGAGCUUGAUUCAGAAGGUGUACCCCAUAUCGGCGGCACAGAAGAGGCUUUCCGACGAGACAUCACAAACGACGACUUCAAGGGCAUCGCUGAUGGUUCGCUUCUCGAUCCCGAGGUUGGCGCCGUCCUAUGUGGCCUUGACUACCACGUCAACUACCUCAAGUACGCCCAUGCCAUGCACUACGUCAAGAGGGGAGCCACGUUCCUUGCUACCAAUGUCGACUCUACAUUGCCGAUGCACCACAACUUCUUCCUCGGUGCUGGUUCCUGUCACAUCCCUGUCGUCCAUGCCACAGGACAACAGCCUUUGGCGCUCGGCAAGCCCAGCCAAGCCAUGAUGGACGCUGUCGAGGGCAAGUUCCAACUCGACCGAGCUCGCACAUGCAUGGUUGGUGACCGACUCAACACUGACAUAAAGUUUGGAAUUGAGGGCAAGCUAGGCGGCACACUACAUGUUCUGACUGGUGUGAACAAGAAGGAGGACUGGGAGAAGGCAGAUGCCAUUGCUGUGCCUUCGUACUAUGCCGACAAAUUCAGUGAUCUUAGACUGGCAAAGGAAUAG